AUGGGGCCAAAGAAGCGCCCAAAGACGGACCGCCCAAAGCUGUCAUCAUGGAGCUGGAGCACGCCGUCAAAGCAGCACACCGCGAGCCCGGCCGUGGACGAAGACGACGACGACGACGAGAUCCAGGUCCUCGAGGCGUGGCCACCUCCUCAGCAACAAGCGAGCUCGUCCAAGCGCCCACGGACGGCAUCAGCUUCCCCCGGGUCGGCUCCCAAGCCCGAUGUAUGGGAGGAAGACACGACCGAGGGCAUGGGCAUGGACACGGACGAGGAGGUCGUCGAGCUGGAAACAAUGGGCGGGUUCGACGCCUGUCCGAUCUGCAGCGAGUCGCUACGCUCCAUGUCGAGGGAGGUCGCCGAGCAGCACGUCAACGCGUGCCUUGACGCACCACAGCCCAAACCAAAGCCAAAGGCCCCAGCCCCAGCCCCAGAACGUACCCCCCGCCCCAUCACCGCCAUGAGCCACGGGCUCACCCUCUCGCCACGCCCCUCGCCUUCUCCUGCACCGCCAGACGGCAAGCCCAACGCGUUCUCGGUGCUCAUGAACAGUCAUAAAGAGAAGGAGCAGUGGAAGGAGGGCGAGAGCGCCGAGCUGCGCGAUGCCAAUGGACGGCGAAACGGCCCGAGGAAGGCGCCGUUCUACAAGGUCCUCACGGGUAUGCCUAUCGCCGUCGACGCGUUCUGCUAUGGCGCCAUCCCAGGCGUCACGGCGUACUUCCUCACUCAUGCGCACUCAGACCACUACACCAACCUCACUGGACGGUGGCGUCACGGCCCGAUAUACUGCUCCCAGACGACGGCCAACCUCGUCAUUCACAUGCUGGGCGUCGAGCGGCAGUGGGUGGUGAAGUACGAGAUUCCUAAUACGGGCGGUGUCAAGGUGACCACCAUCGAGGCGAACCACUGCCCUGGAUCGUCCGUGUUUCUCUUCGAAGGACCGCAGACCAUCCACUCGGGCGACUCGACGUUCAAGAGCCCUUAUGUCGGGAGCAAGAGGACGUUCAGGUAUCUCCACUGCGGCGACUUUAGGGCGUGCCCAAAGCAUGUUCUUCAUCCUGCUGUGGCGAGGGCCAAAGUCGAUACAGUCUACCUAGACACGACAUACCUCAACCCACAGUACUGCUUCCCACCGCAGCCACUGGUCAUCGAGGCGUGCGCCGCUUUGGCCAAGAAGGUUGUGCUGGGGGAGAGCGUCGGAGGCUCGUCCGAGGACAUCAAGCCGGACGUCAGUGAUGGCGCGGAAGAUCUCGGCGACACCUUGGACGGCAUUGGGGAGGACCCAAAUUACGACGCCGAGGACGUCAAACCUGACAUCGAUGUCAAGCCAGAUAUCAAGCCUGACGUCAAGCUCCACCCCGCUGCCCAAGCCUUCGAACUGCAGGAGCGCUCUGUGGCUAUGAUGGAGGGCUGGCUGGUCAAGAAGGAGGCCAAUGGUGACAUAAAGCCCGCUACGGAGCGGCAGGGCAAGACGCUCGUGCUGAUCGGCACGUACAAUAUUGGCAAGGAACGCAUCGUGAAAGGAGCCGACACCCUCCCGGACAUCAACUUUGUUAUCAAACGCGACCAGGGACGCGGGUUCAGCGACGUGUCGCUCAAGCCUAUCCGCGGGAGCUCUCGCCAGUUCAUGAUGUUUGGCCCUCAAGCGUCAGCAAUGGACCCGAGCAUCCUCGGAGUCGGCAUCUUCCGCAAGCGCAGAGCGUCAAUGGAGCCCGUGGACCCCCCACCACCAGCCAAGACCCCGCCGCCCCGCAUGUCCCCGAGCAAGGCAGCGCCAGCGCCGUACGACACGCCGCCCGCGGACGGGCGGAGCGCACUGCUUGAGCUGCCUGACGAGGUGCUCGUGCAGGUCUUUGCCUCUCUGCCGCUUGCCGACCUGUCCCAGAGCUUUAGGGUGCGCUGCGGCUCCACCCUUGGUUUCCCACUGACGCCCCCGCAGCUGUGCAAGCAGAUCAACGAGGUGCUCACCGACUCUGCGGCGAUCACAUUGCAGGUUACGCUGCUUGCCAACCGGCUCUCGAUCAACCCGAACGCUGUGCGCGCGCGGCCCGACCUGCUGGCCCAGCGGCCGCUCACGUCGGCCGAGAUGCUCGCGACGCUGCGCGACAAGCUCGAACGCUUCCGUACCCUCUCGCCGGCGAGCACGGCCGUCGUGCGCCUCAAAGAGGGCGAGGGAAGCCUGUACGAGUACCUCGAAGGUGUGCUCCUGCGCACCAAGGACGGGCACGGGCGCAAGAGCAACGAGCUGGCGGUUUACGAUCUGCGCGACGCGGACACUAGCAUGGCGCAGAAGGCUGGGCGUGGGGAUGGGGAAGGGGAGAAGGAGGCGGUGGCAGAGGUGGAAGAAGAGGAGGAGGAGGAGCCCGAGGUCGUCGACCAUGAAGACGCGCUCGCCGACGCAGACGGCUGGACCGACGUCGAGAGCGUCGCGGCCAACGAGCUGGACGUGAGACGUGAGCACCGGUUCGGGUUUGCGAUUUACGAACUGGCCGUCGACCCGGGCCAGGACCUGCUGGUUCUUGUGGAGCUCAAGAACACUGGCCGCGUGACGGCUCCCAGCGCCAACAUCUUCCUCAAUACCGGCGGCAGAUCCAUCUUCAACAUGUCACUGCACCUGUACUCGCUGAGCACGUUUGAACCCCACCCGCUCGCGGCGCAGCCGGUACUCGAAGUCCCGGUGGACCUGUACCAGACGCAGAUCCACCUCGACUUCCAGAUCUGCGAUGACGGCCUGUUUGUCAUGUCCCGCCGCAGCCGGGGCGUGCGGGACACGCUCGUCGGGUUCCAGUGGACGAGCGGCAGAGUCGUCAUGGCGCUCCAGUCGGCGCCGACGCAGUCGUUCACGUCGUUUGUGCUGCUUUCCCCUUCGUCGUUUGUCAUCCCGACAAUCGUGCAGCGCAUCGACGCCAGCCUCGGACGCAUCACCGACCUCCAGGACGUGUCCGACAUCACCUUCACGUACACACUCGACCUGUACACCUUCCCGUCGUUUGCCCAGGUGCCGCUCGAGGAGCUCCCACAGACCCCGCACAUCCCCACGCUGGCGACCAUGGUCAAGCUCCCAGACUUUGACUACGAUCUCAUCCGCGAGAUUGCGCCACCAAUGACCUCGAUCCGCACCGACCCGCCCCCACGUCACCAGUACGCAAGCUACCCGCUGCACGCGCCGCCGCCGUUCCGCCCCGACCCGGAGAGCGGUAUCGCCAUUAUCGAGAUCCAGACGGGUGUAGCAUCAGAAGCGCGCUACGUCAUGGUCAUGCAGAAGGCGUCGCUGCUGAACCGGCUGCCGGCCCACCAGCCCCCAGCAGGAACGCAGCCGACCGUCGUGCCGUGGGACGCGAUCUCGCCCGAGCUGCGCGUGUUCGGCCCAGAUGUCGACCCCACUGCGUGGGUGUGUUAUGUUUACCAGAACCGCUACGUGAUGAUGGUCGCGGAUGAUGAAGACGAGGACGCCAACGAGCUCCUACUGUACGACUUUGAUCCGAUCCACGUGCGCCGCGAGCGGCUCGACCGCCUGCGCCAGCACCCCGAGCUCAGCGACGACGAGCUCGAGGGCGAGCACGACGGCGUCGAGCUCGUGCUAACCGAGACGAGGAUCUCCGCGCCAGAUGGUGUGCGGCACGACCUCUACUGCGGCUCCAAGCUUCCGUACCUCGUUGUCCGCAAGCCGGCGAGCGACUCGAACGUUGCGCUCAUUGACGGCGAGCGGAUUCUUACCAUGACGGUGGGUGUGGGUUCUAGUGGCCCCGCUGACGUGCAGCACGACCGUUUCUCGAGAACCGAGGAGGAGAUGGUCGAGGUGUGGCAGAUGUAG